GAGCACAAAUUUCACUGACGUAGUGAUCCAGUGUUUUACCAUCAAGAUGGACUCCAAAUAUUGCAAGUUUUCGCACUAGAACACACUAGCACUCGAGUUUCUUCAGAUGUCAUCCAACUGAAGCGAAGGGCCAGUGAGGUCAUACAGCCCUGUGUCCCCGCAUCUUAACAGAAACGUAGAAAAACGGUUUCAACUAAAUACCUGGAGUCCACGUCAAAAUUGAGAAGUUUGAUACCAUCAAGAAGUAGAAAGUAAUCGAUCUGAUUUAUUGCCGGCCGAGAUCACUAACAUCACUCAAAAACUCGGCAAGUUGUGGGGACAAACAUCAGUCGCCUGAAUGGCGAAUCACCUCUUUACGUCUGGAGACCGCUAAGAAUGCAUCUUAGUUUCGAAAAAUUUCUCAGCUCACAUUUGUGCCCGUGCCAUAUUUAUUUGUUUACAUUUCGCUUCGUUCCAAUUUUGUUUCCGUUUUUUCUCCUCCUACUUCCUCCCACUUACACGUUAUAAGACCAUCUGAUUGGUUCCUUUUCCAAGUUGUGUCUGCGUGGAGCAUGCGCACGGAGGUACCUUGGUAUCUAUUGCCCAUCUCUGGUUUUGUUUAUCGAGAACAUGGCAGUGGAAUCCAAAGAGGAAAAAUGCCACGUUAAAGGAAGGAAGAGGAAGCACGAAGGUUCCCAGGAGCAGGUGGUUCCCUGCAAGAUACAGCGCUUCAGCCAGUGGAAAGACACCAGCCCAAGUUUCCAAGAAACUCUCAAACCCGCCCGCAAUUUGGUCAUUGACGACUUCCCUCUACCACCGCACUUGAUGGGCUGUGUCGCGUUGGUCGAGCAACGCGAGGGUAGGGCGACGACCAGUACAACGCGGGGGACGACCAGUGGAGCGCGGGGGAUCGGCAGCUUCCAAUUCUUAGACAUCGGCUGCCGAACGGUUGACAGUCUAGAGUACAACACCAACAACAACAGUGGUCUCACUCAGUCUCGUGACGUCAAGCACCAGGACAGAAAGAUCAGGUUCAAGAGAUGGAGUACGCCGACAGGUACACGGAACAGGGAUCCCAAUGCGUCUGCUGGGGGUCGCAAGCAGGGGAUCAAGAUCAAAGCUUCGUUCAGCGACGCUUCGGUCCUGAGCGUCAAAUAUUUGGCCAACGACGACGUGGCCCGCUCGGCCUCUGAUGUCAACAUGGAGGUCCGCAACAAACUCAAGCCCUGGGAAACUGUCUCGCCGCUCGUGCAACUCGUGCAUGGCACCCGCAGGUCAGCGAAUCCCUUUAAAAUGGGCAAGAAAAAGGGCAAAGACAACAAAGCUCACAAGCAGACGACGAGAAGCGAGGCCUUGAGUGGUCCCCUUCCCACGAGCAGAACUGAGGGCGGGGGACGGGCAGGCGGAGCUAACAAAAAAGUCCCGGCCCCAGAGUCAAGACAGCAGCCAGUCCACGCGUCAGGGAAGAGACAUCCCAGGCAGGAGAAUGAUAACGUCAUGAGUGGCACAGCCAACCAUCUGAUGCGUGAGAGAGAGCAGUCCGAGCUGAAGGCGUGUCCCAUCUUUGGCGUCUCCACCUCCCAGUCGGAUGUGUCCCUCGUCAAGUUCAGGGAGCGCCAGUCGGGCGACGAGGUCGUACAGCGGGCACGUGAGACACUGGUCUGCCUGUCCACUUGCCCGAACUUGAAACGCCGGGGUCGAACCCACGACCCAAACAGAACCUCGCGGACCCACGACCCCUACAGAACCUCGCGGACCCACGACCCCUACCAAAACUCGCGUUCUGCCAAAGAUUCCAGAGAGAUCAAAUUCUUCCGGCCCGAAUCUUCUCUCCACGAGAACCUGCUCGCUCUGGAGAAAAUAAAGUCCGAGAGCUCGGAGCUCAGGCCGCAGCCUGUCCUGGAGGUCAAGUACAUGGCGCCAACAGUCUGCGUCUUUGGCGACAUCAACAACGGAGUUGAGAACGAUUCACUCAUCAAGAAGCCGUUGACGGGGUUUCUCGGUAAAACAUCCCACCCACCAGAAGAGGAGCAGCCUGCCACAAGAGGUCCUGAAGAGAUCAAGCGAAACGCAGAGAUCUUCUCAAAGAAUCGUAGCCUGCAACUGGCCAGCGAUUGCUGUAAACCUGACAAAAACGCCAGCAAAACUAAACGAAAACACAGCAGCAAUCAAGCUAUUAAAAAACACUUUCCCGCCAAAAGUUUGGAUCCUAAAUUAAACCUCGCCGUCCCUGAUAGAAGGCCUUAUCAAAAGCUGGCGAGCAGCCUAAAUGACAGCAGGAAGACAGUCGGCGACACGCUAGUCAUUGAACACCGGCAUGAGGACAGACAAUUGGAAGAAGGGGGCGGCGCCUCGCAGGUCGCCAACCCUGAAGAGCCGAAACCGAUGGACCGGAACGGUUCUCGCAAUGACACGUUGCUGGGGGUCAGCAACGUGUUCGACCACUGCACAUCCCCUGAGGUCCAGGAGACUCUGCACGAGGCCGUGCCCUCGCUGCACACUGACAGCUCCUCCAGCCUGGCUGUCCGGCAGUUCUGUGAUUGCUGUCUCAGGCAGCACAAGCCAGACGAGCAGUGUCCUAAAUGUGGAGCACACACCGUGUCUUCUGACCACGCCGACCACAGCGAGAGAAGUGUCAAAAUGAGCCGUAGAAUAAUCAAGCGAACGUCGGACCCCGAUAAAUUGGCAGACCUGGUGUCGGCCAAACACCAGCAGGUCAUGGAGCAAAUGCUGCGCACUCAGUCAGAGUCCCCGCCCUCGGCAGCGAGAAAGCGGAAGUUAAUGUCUAGGACCCCCCGGCCUGCAGAUCUAGAGAAACCGAAAAAAAGCGCCAAUUCACCAAAAUGGCCGAAUUCUACAUGCUCCAGGACUGACGGACGGGGAAGUCGUUUGUCAGGUCGCCAGCUGCCCUUGCGCGACUUUUCCCCGGGGUGUGGGGCCUCAAGCACGAGCAAGGAAUGCUCCAAGCGAUCAGGGUCUAGAGACGCUGCCGAGAGUGGUGUCCACAGCAAGAAUGAUGAGCAGACCAGAACUGCCAAGAGCAAAAGUCCAAAGCUCACGUCCAAUGCCUUCACCUACCAAGUUCGCGAGCUAAUGAAUGCGUCUCCCGACUCCUCAUCUCGUGCGCGCCUCUCUUCUCCACACGGCCAUGACCUCAAGACCUCAAUCAGUAGUCGUAGAAGAAACAAUGAAGGGCAAUCAGAAAGCGGCUCAGAAUUUUCAUUAUGCAAAAUUAACAUCGCAAAUACCUGCGAAAUAGAUGUUGAAAGUCCACCCAAAAAAGAAAGUGAAAAAUCGCAUAGACUGAACAUCCAGAUGAAUGAUAUCGUUGAAGGUGUGCUGCACUAUCUUAGCAAAAAACAUAAGGAGAGCUACAAUAUGCGGACGAUUAAUCCCGCCGAUAAAGAUUAUAUAAAAAAACUGACAGAAAGGCUGCUACUGACUGAAAAUAUUCUGAGCAUUAGAAACGAGGAGAGAGAGGAAGCUGAGGAGAGAGAGAACAUCUCGUCGGCAGAAUGCAGCAACGUCAAGUUUGAAGCCAUACGGAAAUAUGAAAAUGCUGGUUUAAGUACAUCAGAGCAGAUCCCAGAGAAGCAGGUUGUCAACAAUUACCGCAAGCUGCUGCAAGAUGCCCGGUUUAAAAGCAACGAUCUGGGGAUGAUGUUUGACAAAUCAUUUCCGCACCCGGAGGAGGCGUCAAACGAGGUCCAAAAUCAGAGCCUGUCGCCGCAGGAAGAGAGCUUCGAUGCUGUGGCCAGUGAUCUGACCAAAAGAAAAGAGUAUCUGAAAUGGUAUCUGCAGGCCAGUCAGGGCGGUGCCAGAGACUCGAGGAAACGAAACGUUCACAAGACCGGCUCUGAACUCAUCGUGUCUGACCACGGCAAGGCGGACGACCGUUUCACUGGUGCAGAGUCCAUCAGCACCAACACCACCGACAUCACGGAGCACAACGAGAGCGAGAUCAACCGCGAGAAAGAGAAAAUCUCGUGCCGAUGUGCUGCCAUUCACAGUAUCCUGAAUGACCUCAAGCACCACAUACUACUGGAACGGGUCGGGCAAAUAACUUACGGGGCCCCCAGUCAAGUCAACACGCUGGACGACAAUCGCAGGACUGAGUCUCCGAGGUGCAGGAAGAAAGAACAUGCUUAUUCCAACCGCAUGUACGAUAGCACACCAAGAAACAGUUCCGCGAUGGGGCGGUCACCCACUUUAUGCGAGUCCUCCACGCCGUCGCUAAACGAGGCAGCAGUGCCUUAUCCGCACACGAAUCAGCAGCACGUGCCAGAGGUCACCCAACAGCAUUACCUGGACCUUAUUGCGUCACUCAUCCAGAACAGAGGGAUGCCGCCACCAGAAAUGUUGGCCCAUCCGCACCAGAGCAUGACGCACGAACAAAGGGGUCAGGCGAGUGAGCAGUUCUCCACCAACCAGUCGUUUGUUGAGCAGUACUACAAGAUGCUGGUGGAGGACUGGCAGAGCAAACGCCAGGAGAGGAGCUCUGGUAAGGUUCCCGCCCGCCCCCAGAAGACAGAGCACCCAGCAACCACGACCAGGAUGACGCAGACCUGCGACGUUCUGGGUGAGCAGCUUUCUUUACAAACUCUGAAAACACAAUCUAAAAAAUCUGACAACGCAGCAUGCGACAGGGAAGAUAGCGCCUAUCUAGGAAAUGAGGUUUCAAAAAGUACGCAGAACGAAGACGAAGAAAAUCAACACCAAAAGGAGAAAUUGCAAACAACAAAAUGUAUUCAAUACCCUUGCGAAAACUCUCAAGAGCUUCAAAUCGUCAAAAAUAGCACUAAAGAUCUUCAACGUAAUGUUAAUUCUAAAUUUAACAUCAACGGGCGUAGUCUAAAAUACUGCUCCAUUCGCAAUCUUUUAGAGUUCGCUUUUGAGCAUCGUGGCAACGAAGAUUUGAGUAAAGAAAUCGUCGGCGAAAUUUUUCAACGAGCUUACCGGAAACAAAAGGAUGAAAAUUCAAGGGAACAGCUGAGAGAGGGGGCGGCGCAGCUUUUCUAUCUGCUGACAAACAGAGAUCUACGCUCGGAGGAAAGUGCCGUGUUUCAACAACUGACGGAGCCGGAAGCUCCACAAGAGGCUUCUAACAACCCCGGUCUUUUAAGCCGGGCGGUGAACGAACUGGACACGUACAGCAUCAUGAAAGCCGAAUACGCUGAACGCGUCAAAGAAAACAAACGCAUCAUUGACCAGUGGUCAUUCCCCUCUGCUGGGCUGUCCAGCACGCGCGACUUGGUGUGUAACAAAGACCUGCCGCUCAACACCCAGUUCUAUCAGCUGCUGACCGCCUCCACCAACUCGGGGAACCAGAAAGGCAAAGAGGAACACACACAAUUGCCAGACCAGGAUGAACACAUGUAUCCCGUCAGUUCGCCGUCUAAAAAAGCCGUAGCGUUCAACCUACCAAAAAAACAAAGAAGUCAGCCAAGGUAUGACAAGUCCUCAUCUGUAUCUUCCUAUUCGAAGCCUUGGAGAAAAAGCUGCUCAGCACUGGACAGGAGUUUUGAGGACAAGACCGAUCUGAAAUGUGAGCGCAGCUCUGAGUUGACUGACGGGAGAAAGAAUUUGCGCGUGUUUCGGCCAGCCGCUAGGGUGGAGGAGAGCGAAGACACAUACUGGCAAUUCACAACCCCCAUUCACAGACGCCGUGACAACGCCGAGCUCAGGAUAUUCUCAGCCAGUUGCAGGAACCAGCAUGAUUCAAGUGCUUUAAAUCAGCAGUCUAGAAAAAAGCUCCGCUCUUUGGCCGAUGAAAAAAGAAAAUUAUCCGCUGAGAAUAAGCCACCAGCCGAAAAUAAGUCAUCCGCCGGAAGAAAGUCAUCAUUCGAAAUAAAAACAACCACCGAAAGUAAGUCAUCCGCUGAAAGGAAAUCAUCAGCUGAAAGGAAAUCAUCCGCAGAAAGGAAAUCAUCCGCUGAAAGGAAAUCAUCCGCUGAAAGAAAGUCAUCCGCUGAAAGAAAGUCAUCCGCUGAAAGGAAAUCAUCAGCUGAAAGGAAAUCAUCCGCUGAAAGGAAAUCAUCAGCUGAAAGGAAAUCAUCCGCUGAAAGGAAAUCAUCCGCUGAAAGGAAAUCAUCCGCUGAAAGGAAAUCAUCCGCUGAAAGGAAAUCAUCCGCUGAAAGGAAAUCAUCCGCUGAAAGGAAAUCAUCCGCUGAAAGAAAGUCGUCAGGUGAAAGCACAAUGUCUAAGGUAGGGAGCCCUGCCAAUGUCGAGGCAGCAGCCCAGAGCCCUGCCAAUGUCGAGGCAGCAGCCCAGAGCCCUGCCAAUGUCGACAGCUGUGUUCCUUAUUGUGGCCCCAACGAUGGCCCAGAUCUACAGUGGCCACCUAGCGAGGCAAGCAGCAGAGCCCCGUCCUCGGCCAACGGCGUCUCGCUCAAGCUCAUUGUCGACACCCAGCCAGUCAAGUCAAGCGACAAGAAAGGCAAGGUCAAGGCCAAGAAAAGCAAAGCUGUCAGGUCACCCAACUCGGUUCAAAUCAAGAGAAGCUUCUCUGAAAGUCCUCUGAAAAGACCAUGGCAAGAAAACAUGGAGCGCCCGCGUCGAGCGCUCUCCGUGCCCAGGGAAAACAUGCUUCACGCCAUGAUCGCCUCCAACUUUGCCGAACACGUCUUCACCGUCUACCCAAACAACGAGGUCAUCAUCCAGGUCCAGGUGACCAACCACUGCGGACUGCUCGUGCGGAAAGGUGAUGGAAAUGCUGGCGUGCAGAACUGCGUCAGCGAUAUGCAGGGGCUGCAGAUGUGGACUGAUACAAUAGAACCUGACACCAAAACGGAUUCCACUAGCGAGAAUCUCGUCCCCAAAGAACCUAGUGGCAAAUCAACAAGAUACGGAGAGUCUUCGCGAGUAUCCUCGGGUGGUUCUCAUAAGAUGAAAAGCUUUGAAAUCUUUUAUGACACCAACAACUGCACGCAUGUUAGUGAGUACUCGGCUCAUACAUUCACCAUGUUCCCAUCGUCCACGAUCGACUCGGCGUCUACAGAUUCUACAAAUUACAUUAGUUCGUCUCCAGAUUCCAGCAUGGAAGAGCGAAAAGAAAAACAGCUCCUGCAAGCAGCGAAAGGACAGCAGGCGGAGCCCACAAACACCACCGCCAAGUUGGCAAAGGCGAGCGACAACCUUGAAAAUGUUUGCUCCUGCAUUCAAGAGAUUUCUUUGGACGGCGACUCAACGAAGACGAUGAGGGAAGGUUCGGUGGAGCAGAUGGAGGUGGAGCAGAUGGAGGUGGAGCAGAUGGAGGUGGCUGCACAGACGCCUAGAGCCGGUAACCUCAACGAUUUGAACGGCAUCGACGUCACCCAGUGCGAUGUGGGAACGUACCUGGCCAGUGCUCAGCACCAGGAACCUGGCCUAGAAAAUACAGGCCGGAGAGAUCCUGUGCUGGGCGACAGUGAGGCGAUGAUGGAGGCAGACACUGAGUAUAAUAAGUCUUUGAACUUGUCCAGAACACAAAGCACACGGCGAAACGUGAGACGUCUUAUUCAGACAGAAACACGACUUGAAAACUUGGCUCAGAAGUCCCCGGAAAGAAGAAUUGAGAAUAUGGGUCAGAAUACCCCGGAAAGAAGAACUGAGAAUAUGUAUCAGAAGUCCCCGGAAAAAAGAAUUGAGAGUAUGGGUCAGAAGUCCCCGGAAAAAAGAAUUGAGAAUAUGGGUCAGAAGUCUCAGGAAAGAAAAAUUGAGAGUAUGGGUCAGAUCUCCCCGGAAAAAAGAAUUGAGAGUAUGGGUCAGAAGUCCCCGGAAAGAAGAAUUGAGAGUAUGGGUCAGAAGUCCCCGGAAAAAAGAAUUGAGAGUAUGGGUCAGAAGACCCCGGGAAAAAAAACUGAGAGUUUGAGUCAAAAGUCUCCGGAAAGAACUGAAAAUAUAGGUCGGAAGUCACCGGAAGGAGGAGAUGAAAAAGUAGAUAGAAAACUCAAUGAGACAUCCCGCGUACAACAAUGUACUACGGGUGACGUCAAGCUACAAGAAACUCCUCAAGUAGGUCCCACGAAUCUAGCUAACCCUACAGAUCCAGAGGGCCCCACAGGUCUAGCUAACCCCACAGGUCCAGAGGGCCCCACAGGUCUAGAGGGCCCCACAGGUCUAGCAAACCCCACAGAUCCAGAGGGCCCCACAGGUCUAGAGGGCCCCACAGGUCUAGCAAACCCCACAGAGAGCCCAGCUCCAGAUGUUUUCCGAGGAUGGUCUAAUGCUGGAGGGGAUUGUCAGCCUGAACGUCCAGCAGUGACUGAUCUAGCAGUCAGCGAGGCAGACGUAAAGCUGACAAAAUCCAAAGAAAACGGCGCCGACUCACUGGGUGCAGAGAGCCCUCCUCAAGUAGCAGGUGAACCAGAAGGGAAAGGUUCGACACCCGGAGCACACAUUUCCCCUAGGCCACAAACUCCCGCCAAUAAGUGUCCAGAAUCGAUGUCUUCUGUUUGCUCGAGUCCAACGGUCAACCAGACAGACAAAUCAGGGGACGUGGGGCUGACUGAUGGGCCGACAGGACGCGAGGAAUCACCAAGUGGACCUCAACCUCCCUCUGUAGAAAAUGCUUGCCUGGUCAAAGAUCCUGGGACUAACGAGUCUAAAGAUGUAAGCCUUCAAUUAAGUAAUGAUAAUGGAGAAGGCAGCAACGAUUUUGUGGUUUCUAGAAACGAGAAUGCUGAAAAUAUAAAGUGGGGUUGUUGGACAAAUGAAGAGAAUAUUUUAAAGAACUCCGCCACAAGGUCGGCUAUAUUUGAUCAUUCGAACAAAUCUAAUGAACAGGAAGUCAUCACGAAGAUGAAAAGUGAAGGCUCGCUUCAAAGCUGGAAAAAUUGUUGGUCGAGGCCAAGAAAGAAAAAACCAGAUAGUCCAUUUGGUUGUGAGACGGAUGAAAGUGACGAGAGCCUGCAGUGUGACCAGCAUGAAGACGGACAAAACUACUGGUGUUCGGAGUCCCCCAACCAACAUCCGGUGUAUGACGGACAUGUGAGUGGAGGUCACGUGGCUACGGUGUUAGAAACCACACCUAAAGUGUUUGCUCCCCUGGUAGUGUAUGACCACAAGAAGCAGGAGGGACCCUCCCUGAGGAGUGAAUCCAAGAUAGCGUUCAUCAACGUCACCCCCAUGUCGGCUGCUACCAAAGCUGAAGAUGAGAAGCGAAUCUGUCUGCUGGAGAGAUCGCGCAAAUCUGCUUUCACUGCUCACUCGAAUGACCGACUCUUACUUGAGGCGUCGGUAAAAAACGAGGUCAAGACUCUGUUCCAGAGUUUGAGCAGGGGCAUGAAACUGAACCACAGUCCCGUCCUACGCGAUAACUCCUGCCUGCCGCCGUCCUAUAGUGUCAGGGAGGACUGCAAGACCUCCCCCACCAGGGAGGACUGCAAGACCUCCCCCUCCCGGAGCUUGAGCCAGCUCCAGCAAACUCGAGCCACCCCCUGCAGGAAAACAUCCUCCCCUGAACUAGCCGUCACUGGACACCCGGGCAGCCAGCGAGGGGUACAGAAGACAGACGCUGUCAGCAAGAUGAGAGCCCCUCGAGUCAGCUCCCACCCCAUGAGGAAGUCUUUUAGUGACAUGAAGGUCCCCGUCAACGAGUCGCCCUCCUGGCUCGCGGCCAGCACAACAACCAAGAGCGAGGUCCAUACACAAGGAAAGACAACCUUCAACCAAAAGACAACUCCCGAACUUGGCAGAAAAGCAAGCAGGCGAUCAAAAGACGAAAGAACGGAACAGUCCGACACGGAGCCGUGCGUCCUUAUCAACGACCUGAGCAUGGAGGACGAGGCGGGCUUGUUUAUUCUCUCUUGCUGCAAUGCGGGCAGCGUCCAGGGCGUGUCCGCCUCCAGCUCUGACGUCACCAUCAAGUCUUCCUUUCAAACGAGCGAGGACCUGUCCUCGUGUAGCGGCGUGUCCAUCAACAUCCUCAACGACUACAUCGUGCUGCAGGAGAAACCCGUCUCCCCGGCCAACAUGACCGACACCUCAUCAUUGUCAGAGUCGUUUCAUUCUUGUAGCUCACGCCUCAGCUCCUAG